CUGAAUGGCACGUUUCACGUCUCGGAUGACUCAGCUUUUGGACUAAGUCACUGCCCCCGAGCUUGAUCGAACAAGUCUUUGGCGUAAGACCAGAACAUGACCCAUCACUUCCGGAUACUCAUAUCCGAUGCUACAGGUAAUCCCUCACUCUGCUCCGCAUAGCCCAUUGGAUCUUUAAUGUGACAUAGCUACACGGCAGGGCUAUCGCUCGGACUGUAUGCUGAGACUUGUGAAAUCGCAGGAGCAUAUUGGCUGGGAAGCUUGCAGAGCUCAUCUGGACCCAUGAGUAAGCAAAUCCAAACUGUGUGCCGAUCAUAGAGCGCGAGGACGGCCGAGGAUUGCCUCACACCUCUCUCUGAUACCUAAGAACGUAGGUCCACAGUGCAUGUCUCUCUCCCUGCGGUGGGAGUGUUUUUACACGCAGCAUUAGCCCAACAGAUCUUUGUCACAUCGCGAUCACCUGCGCGUGAAUCCCGGCAAGAAAAAGAAGGGGGGAAAAGGCGGUGGCUGCCCAGGCGUGCGGAGCUGAAAAAUAAGCAACUGAGAGAAUCUGAGCGUCUGUGCCGUAUACUUACCCAAGAAACCUCGCAGUGCCACCCCCCCUCCCAACCCCACCUGCAAGGUAUGUCGACCACCGGGGAAGUACCAGCCUUCUUUAAGAGCAUGGGCUCCGACAGCCCAUCCAGGCCCCGGCAGAAAUUCUGUGGCAUGUUCUGCCCGGUUGAAGGCUCCGCGGACAGCAAGACGCUGGACUUUGACGCUCUGUCGGCGUCCAGGGGCAAGAGUGACGGGCGAGUCAUUGACCGGCAGACCGACAUCUCCCAGCCGCGGAAGGUGGAGAUCAGGGAGAGCACGGGGAAAGAAGCUCUACAGAACCUGGACAAUAAAAGGAGCGACCGUCUCCUCAUCAAAGGAGGCAAGAUUGUGAACGAUGACCAGUCCUUCUGCGCUGACAUCUACAUGGAGGAUGGAGUCAUCAAACAAAUCGGGGAGAAUCUCAUCGUGCCCGGCGGGGUGAAAACCAUCGACGCCGGCGGCCGCAUGUUGAUGCCGGGCGGCAUCGACGUGCACACCCGUUUCCAGAUGCCCGACCGAGGCAUGGUGUCUGCCGACGACUUCUACCAGGGCACCAAGGCCGCGCUGGGCGGGGGCACCACCAUGAUCAUCGACCACGUGGUUCCCGAGCCCGGCGUCAGCCUCAUCUCGGCCUUCGAGCAGUGGCGCGCGUGGGCCGACAGCAAGUCCUGCUGCGACUACUCGCUGCACGUCGACAUCACCGAGUGGCACAAAGGCAUCCAGGAGGACAUGGAGGCGCUGGUGAAGGAUCACGGGGUCAACUCUUUCCUGGUCUACCUGGCUUAUAAAGAUGUUUUCCAGCUUUCGGACGCUCAGGUGUACGAGGUGUUCAGUGUGAUCCGCGACCUGGGAGCCAUCGCCCAGGUGCACGCUGAGAAUGGAGACAUAGUUGCCGAGGAACAACAGAGGAUCCUGGAGCAGGGGAUCACUGGGCCUGAGGGACACGCGUUGAGCCGGCCUGAGGAGGUGGAGGCGGAGGCUGUGAACCGCUCUGUGACCGUGGCCAAUCAGACCAACUGCCCUCUUUAUGUCACAAAGGUGAUGAGCAAGAGUGCUGCUGAUGUCAUCGCCCAGGCCAGGAAGAAGGGCACUGUGGUCUACGGGGAGCCAAUCACCGCCAGCCUGGGAACAGACGGCUCUCACUACUGGAGCAAGAACUGGGCCAAGGCAGCGGCCUACGUCACCUCCCCCCCCCUUAGCCCCGACCCCACCACACCAGACUAUCUCAACUCCCUGCUCUCCUGCGGUGACCUGCAGGUGACGGGAAGCGCACACUGUCCCUUCAACACGGCGCAGCGCGCUGUGGGCAAAGACGACUUUAGCCUGAUCCCCGAAGGCGUCAAUGGUACCGAGGAAAGGAUGUCCAUCAUCUGGGACAAGUGUGUGGUGACGGGUAAGAUGGACGAAAACCAGUUUGUGGGUGUGACCAGCACCAACGCCGCCAAGAUCUUCAACCUGUACCCGCGCAAGGGUCGCAUCGCCGUGGGCUCAGACGCCGACCUGGUGCUGUGGGACCCGGACGUCACCAAGAUCAUCUCUGCCAAGACCCACCACUCGACUGUGGAGUACAACAUCUUUGAGGGCACGGAGGUGCGCGGCGGGCCUCUGGUGGUGAUCAGCCAGGGCAAGAUCGUCUUGGAGGAAGGGAACCUGCACGCCACCGAGGGCUCGGGACGCUUCGUGGCACGCAAACCCUUCCCCGACUACGUCUACAAGAGGAUAAAGGCUCGCAGCAGGCUGGCCGAGCUGAGGGGCGUGCCCAGAGGACUGUACGACGGCCCCGUCUGCGAGGUGUCCGUCACCCCCAAAACCAUGACUCCCUCCUCCUCUGCCAAGACCUCCCCUGCCAAGCAGCCCAACCAGCCGGUCCGGAACCUGCACCAGUCUGGUUUCAGCCUAUCCGGCGCUCAGAACGACGACAACAUUCCCCGCCGGAACACCCAGCGCAUCGUGGCGCCGCCGGGCGGCCGGGCCAACAUCACCAGCCUGGGCUAGAGGUCCCCUUCGUUCUCCUCCUCAGCGGGCCCCAGGAGGGCGGACCUCGCGCUCCCACCGCCCCCCCCCCCCCCCCCCCCGCGGGCCCACGCUCCUCUACACACACACACCCCUCCCCCACCCACUCCCCCUCCUGAAAACCCCUCCAUCCCAGAGGACACCGUUAGAAACUAAGACGACAACAAGGAAAGGUCCGCCUCGUACGAUGAAGAAAAGAAAAAGAAAAAAAAAAGAAAACACUCCUCAUUUGAGCACUUUUGAAUGCAUUAUUUCCUUCAUUUAUUUUUUACUUCCUCUCUUCCAUGUGUCCUGUUGAUGUUUGUUUCACUGUGGCUUUAAUAGAGGGCGUCAAGAGACUAAACUCAAUUAAGCCAGCUAAGAGAAGAACAUUUUCAUGCAGGCUGUCCGUUUUAAUUUCUGCCCUAACCCUUGUCAGUCCAAGUGGGGCGUCGGUACAAAACCAGUAUUGAUUUGAUCUUCUCUCGCUCUCCCUGAACGGGCCCAACAGAAGCCUGGUUUGGACAUUGAACAGUCUCGGUCCAUUCAGCCGACAAGCUGUUGACUUCUGUUGCUUCACUUUCCACUACAUCCUCAUCCAUCACAACAUCAAUAUCCAGUUGAUCAACCACAUGUUCCACAGGUAGCUGCCUUAGAGGUUGUUUUUUUUAUUUUAGCUGCAGGAGGUCCUUAAUGGAGUUUGAUAAGCGGGAGAAAAGAAGGGAAAGAUUGAGAGAGGAAGGAGAAAGUUGUUGUUGCCCGUCGCUUCCAGCGCGACCUCUCCUCACCUUCGUGUCUCUCCAAGCCGUCCUUGUGAGUCCUUGUGAGUCCUUGUGAGAGAACUUUAGGAGGAUCGUCAAGGAUCCACGAAGGCUUUGAUUAAACGGCGUGAAGGCACCUGAUCCCCGUCCAUCGCCAUCCAGUGCAUUUACAUACCGAACGUUUCCCCUCCUUCAAAUGGGACUGUUCACCAAAACCCCUCUCUUGCUUUUCUACUCUUUAUGUGCCUGAAUCCACAGAGGUUGUACUGAUAGUUUUUAUUUCCUGUUUUGUUAUUCUUAUUGAGGCUAGUGAGUGCUGUAAGAUAACGAGAAAAAGAUGUAACAUAGCAAGGAUGAAACCGAUUCAAAGGUGCCAGAUUUCGCGCUUUCGUGGGGCCCGCCCUGUCGGCGGGAGCCCCCGUAAAGGCGGAAAAAUGAAAUAUUCUAAUGUUUUAGGGUUUUUAACUUUGUCGUCAAACUGCUUUUUAGUGUCAUUCUGUAACUGAGUGCCCGAGGGCCGAGCACUAUUGAUUUACGCUUGAAAGUAGAUAUGAGCUGAUGUACUUCUGACUAGCGUGCGGUGUUGGUGUGUGAGGGGCGGGGCGGCGUCGCAGGGGGGCUCAAACACCCCUCUGACGGAUGUGACUUUGCUCCUGGCUGUACUCAGCGCUUGAAGUUCCUUUUUUUACAUUAUUUGUGUUGCAUGAUCUAGUUUUCAUUGAGCCAAGCGACUGCUGUCCGGUGCCAACGAGGCCUCAGAAACCAGUCACCACCUCUCUCUGGGGCCCCUUCCCCCCCAGUGACUUUUCGGAUGAAGACCAUCGACUGAACUACUCUCCUGCUAGUCGCCAUAGCAACACACACACACACACAUAUAUAUAUACACACACACACACAACUACACAAACGCUGUGUUUGUGCAUUCUACCUUGGUUUUCCAGGCUUCCUCCCCUCUGAUCUAACAGGAAGCUACAAAGGCUGAGGUCUGUCAGCGUUCAAUGGUAUUUGUGGGUGUGUUUUUCUUUUUGGGGGUCCAAGGCGGGGGGGGGGGGGAAAUUAAGCCUGAUGUCUGAAGCCACCAAAAAUGUGACAUGACUGGAAUCUCCACGGCAACUUGUGCAUCACACAAGAAGGUUUCUGUGAGUCAGGGAGUAGGGAAUUAGACCCCGUCUGUCUGACUACUGUUUUCUCUUUUCCCUUUUUUUUAUCAUCCUAAUUCACAUUGAGAACACACAAACACUUCAAAGCACUCCUUACAGACCCCGUGUACACCGUGGUAGUCCCUUCUACUACAAUAUUUUGGUGGGAGAGUAUCCAGGCGAUGGGAGGUGAAGUCCUCAAACACUUAUAGAACUUGUGAGGCUAACAGCACGCGUCACUUCGUCCCUUUAGCUUGUCUCUCUCUGUCAUUCCUUCCCUCUCUGCCUCCCCGGCUCCGUCGUUGUUUCUGCCUGUUGCCGCGGCGACCGACACCUCCGCUCUCACGCACGGAGAGCUGCUUUUUUUUGUUUGUCUUGGCAACGCUCGUCGGAUCGGAGGUUGCCCGUAGCAACUCCUUUCCUGACCUGGUGCUUUAAGAACAGCUUUGCAACCAGACACAC